AAGUUAGGGAUUACACGUUGUCUUGCUUUACUUAAAUACAAUAUUAGUUUACACACCUACCUGAAGGUUACUGAUAGUUGUAUCAUUUAACUAAUUUCAUUAUGAUGUUUAUAUAUCAUCUGGACAGAGUCCCCAAGCAUUCCCCCCUAACCUCUCACCAACUCAAGUUUAGAAGCAAUUAAUCUCUCUCUCUCUCUCUCUCUCUCUCAAAGCCUAAGCCUAUAAAUCAAUCCCCCGUCUCAAGUUCUCACAAGGGUCGAGUUGGGUGCACCAAAUCACCACCACUUACAGCAGCAACAGCAACGACAAGAAGCAGUAGUAGAAGAAGUAGUAAGACUGAAUGGGGAGGUCUCCUUGCUGUGAGAAAGCUCAUACUAACAAAGGAGCAUGGACCAAAGAAGAAGAUGAUCGGCUUAUUGCACACAUCCGGGCAUAUGGCGAGGGGUGCUGGCGAUCCCUCCCCAAGGCCGCCGGCCUUCUCCGUUGUGGCAAGAGCUGUAGGCUUCGAUGGAUCAACUACUUACGUCCGGACCUCAAGCGCGGCAACUUCACAGAAGAAGAAGACGAGCUCAUCAUCAAACUACACAGUCUUCUGGGUAACAAGUGGUCUCUUAUAGCCGGAAGGUUACCGGGAAGAACAGAUAACGAGAUAAAGAAUUAUUGGAAUACCCAUAUAAGGAGGAAAUUGCUGAGCCGAGGGAUUGAUCCGGCCACCCAUCGACCUCUUAACGAAUCGGCUUCCGAUGCCAGAACUAUAUCUUUUACCGCCGCUGCUAAAGAAGAAACGAAGAUCAUCAGUAUUGGAAGACUCGAGUGUAACCAAGAGAAAAGGCAGAGAGUGGAGCGGUGUCCCGACCUGAAUCUCGAGCUUCAGAUUAGCCUUCCUUAUCAACAACAUACUCCCGAGACGCCAUUGAAGAGUGGAGGGGGAAGAACUCUUUGUUUCCCUUGCAGCUUGGGCUUGCAGAAUAGUAAGGACUGCAUCUGCAGUAAUUCCAGCACUAAUAGUGAUUUCUUAGGCUUAAAAACUGGUCUUUUGGAUUAUAGAAGCCUGGAAAUGAAAUAAAAAGCUCUACUUGUAACAUCUAACUAAAUUAGAGUGGAGAAAAGAAAGAAAGAGAUUAUUAUGUGGGAAUCUCUCUAUCUAGCUUUCUCUUUAGUCUAAUUUGUAUAAUUACUACCACAUAUUACAAGUAGAUAUGAUUUAUGAAUUGAACUAUUUGUUGGAAAUCAAAAAAAAAAAAGAAUGGUUGUUCAUUCGGAAGAUUUGGUAGCUAGAAUAUCUAUCCUUGAUAAUGGUUAAUUA